AUGGUAGACGAAACUAACCUCUCUUCUUCUGACGAGGAUUCUGGCCCCGAGACUGUCAGCAACCCGUUCGGCUCUGGCGUGGGUAGUAUCCCCCAGACCAUCAAUAAUCCUUUCGUUUCUGGUGUGGGUAAUACCCCCCAGACUGUCAACAACCCUUUCGGCUCUGGCGGGGACAAUCCCUCCCAGAUAAAUAAUCCUCUUGCUUCUGCAGUGGGCAACAUCCCCCAGGGCAACAACUCUUCUGUUUCUGGGGUGAGCAAUGGCCCCCAGAUCAACAGACCUUUCCGUACUCGCUGGGGUCCCCCUCUGAUCCGCCCCAUCGCCAUCGAAGACGGCCCCGUUUCCCCCAAUGGAGGAUUGACCAAUGGUCACUCCCACGUAAAUGAAUGGCGCGCUCCCCACCCAACGGACUUCAAUCCGUUGUACGCCCCGCCCGACGACGAGACCGACGAUGAGGCAGAAGCCAACCCUCCACCCCCAAACCACGAGGUGGUGGAUGAAUUCCUCGAUGAGGACGAGGACCUCGACGAUGCCUCAGAUGAGGAUGAAGGGGUCUCUGCCCCGUAUGGCAACAGCCAGGGCCUGGAGGCCAGCCUGGAUGCCAUCAUGGCGGAGGGAAAUGAGGAGGAUGAGGCUGACGAGGACGCCUACCUGGACGAGGUGUAG